ACUUCAGGAACAACACAGCUUCUUCAUACAAGGGAAAGCAGUGACCUCUGAACAGACAAAAUGGUGCAUUGGACUGAAAAGGAGAAAGCUGAGAUUGCAAAAUGGAAGACUUGUAAUCAGAAAUUACUUGUUGAGAAGAGCCUGAAUAGGAUGUUUGAGAUAUUUCCUUGGACUUACCGUUACUUUAAAGCAAGAAAAGAUUUUAAAGUUGAAGAGCAUGCGUUGCGCGUGUCAGGCAAGAUUUCUGAAGCUGUCAUUAAUCUUGAUAAAAUCAAGGAAAAUUUUGCAGAACUCAGCAAGUUCCAUGCUGAAGUUUUGCACGUGGAUUCUGGAAGUUUCCCUCUGUUGACCUUCUGCAUUGUCUCCGAAUUGGCUAUUCUUAACCGUGGACACUUCAGUCCACAGCUCCAUGGUGUAUGGUACAAAUUUUUUGCUGUGCUGGUUAGUGCUAUUUCGAAGCAGUACCAUUGAAUCCACGAUGAUAAAAACCUGUCAUUUUUCGUCAAGAAAUGCAACCAUCAUAACCAAAAGCUCUCAGCUCUUCGUUUAGUAGCUCAUGCUAAAAUGUAACUGAUGAUUUUGUCCUUGUUUUGAAAAUGCACUCCUUCCAAUAUGCUAAUUCUACACAAUUUCUGAAAACUUAUCUCCCUGUAUUUUCAUCUUGUUGCUUAGAAAUCUAAUAAAGAAUCAAUGUUA